ACCCCCAACCAUCAUCAUAAUAUUCUCGCUCUCUCUUAUUUCCAUUUUCAUAAACGCGCUUUGCUCCCUUUCUACUUCACACACAUCAACGAUACAAAAGGGCCCUUGUGACAUAGAGACAAGAGAAAGCCUUCUGCUUAUCCGUACACAGCUAUAAAUAUAUCUCCUUGCAACAAGACCAUUCUCCCCUGAUCCUCUCUUCUCUUUUGUUCCCUUCUGUCUCCCCCUAGCAAGAACAAUCCAUUGUUAUGGCAAAUAUACUUUCAAGCGAGUUCCUCCCCGAGGAACAGCUCAAGAACUUGAAGCUGUACAAGUACUCUGCUGUCGACAAGUCCUUCACCACGCGAUUCUUUCUUAAGCAUUAUUGGGAAUGGACCAUUACUCUCUUUCCCAUGUGGAUUGCACCCAACCUGAUCACACUCAUUGGCUUGUGCUUUAUGGUCAUUAGCGUCGCCCUGACCGUUGUUUUCGCCCCAGAAAUGGAUGCAGAGGGCGGACCGCGAUGGUUAUAUUACGGAUUCGCUGCCUCGCUCUGGCUCUAUAGUACCUUUGACAAUGUCGACGGUAAGCAAGCUAGACGCACGGGUACCUCUUCACCGCUUGGCGAACUGUUUGAUCAUGGAUGUGAUGCAUUGAACACCUCGUUUGCUGCCUUGUUGCAAGCUGCUGCACUGGGUAUGGGCCAUUCCCUCGGAAGCGUCAUCUUAUACAGUAUUGCCAUGUUUGGAUUCUACUUGUCGACUGCCGAAGAGUACCAUACUGGCACUUUGUACCUGGGCUAUAUCAAUGCACCUACAGAGGGUGUUAUUGUCUCAUGUGUUGUGUUUAUCCUUUCAGGCACCUAUGGACCAUCCAUGUGGCAACUUCCCCUUGGUCAAGUCGUGCCGCAGUCAUGGUCCCUGCCAUCCGUUCUUGCGACGAUGCCCUUGUGUCAUGUGAUUAUCUCCUUCAUUGCUUUCAUGUUUUUAUUCACGCAUGUUCCCGUGUGCUUUUUCGCCAUGUACAAGGCCUGCCGCAAGAACAACAAGCCCUUUGUGUCGACCAUGAUUGUUGAAAACUUCCCCAUCACCAUCUACUGCGCUGCGUUCUUUUUCUGGGUCGCCUCUCCGUACUCGUUCAUCCUCUCCCAUCACCACUACAUUCUCUACACACUGACGACAGGUAUUGUAUUUGGUCGUAUGGCGACCAAGAUCAUCCUAGCCCAUCUCCUCAAGACUCGAUUCCCUCGGUUCACAGUACUGCUACUUCCUCUUAUUGGUGGUGCCAUCAUCAGCAACUUGCCAAGCGUCCUUGAUAUUCCCCCAAUCUUUACCCCCGAAACCGAGUACUACUAUAUAUGCGCAUAUUUUGCAUUUGCGUUGGUGGCAUACUUGCGCUGGGCCGUGCUUGUCAUCAACAGCUUCUGCUCGUACCUGGGCAUCCGAUGCCUUGUAAUUCCACGACAAAAGAAGAACUAGGUGUUCUGCCUAUACAUACAUGUAUAUUCAUUUUUAUAAGAAAACAGAAAAAAUUAUAUAGAAACGUAUAUAAUAGUAACUUUAUAUUAUCUGUUAGAGGGCCUUAAAAAGGAAAAGAUAAUAUUCAACUGUACAAUGCUUCAAAAUCUCCUUCAAUUUGCUUCAACGCAGAAGUGCACAUAGACAAAUAUAUAUCCCUAAAUUUCUUUCAACUC